UAGUAUGAAAUUGGAAAUUUGGGGAGAUGUGAUUUGCAACUUGGUGGAUUGGGGGGGUGAGGAUUUUGAAUAAGCUGCUGCCUCUAUUCUCUGCCAUACAAAGAAUUUGUAUGUUGGAGAUGAAUUUUGGAAAAAAUUUAGGCAGCUUGGUUUGAGAUUACCUGUCGAACAAGAUUGGAAAAGGCUAAGGAUGGUGAUGGAGACUGCCGAUCUCUGUUACAAAAUUUCAUGAGUGUAGGGUGUAUUUUAGGAAUUAGAACAAUAGAAGAAAAGAGUGAAGUACUGGAAUCCGAUUCCCCUUGGUUACUCCUCUCUUCUCGUGAUCGAUGGAUUGAAGUUGGCAACAAAAGGGUCUCCCUCUCUGACUCUCUUCUCUGUUGUAUCUCUCACAGUUGGAGUAAUUGAGAUUGUGAAAGAAUGUGUGAACGCCUAGAGGAGAUUAGGAGCUUGUACAACUAUGGAGCAAGGAGAAUAGCUGUUUAUGGGUUGGCUCCACUUGGUUGUAUACCGAAAAAUCUGUAUAAAACUGUAAGCAACGGAUCAAUUUGCAACGACACCAUUAAUGAAAUCGUGCAGCCCUUCGACGACCGGUUGAAGCCACUCAUCGACUCCCUGAACGCCGAUCUCCACGGCUCGCAUUUUACCAUGAUCAAUUUUACCAGUCUUAUUACACAAGGCCACAAUUCAGCAUUACGUAUUAAAUUUACAAAUGCUUCGUGCUGCACGGUAUCAAAAAUAACAGGAUUAUGUAACGCUGGAGAAGAAAUAUGCAGCAAUAGAAAUGACUAUUUUUUUUGGGAUAAUUAUCAUCUCACUGAAAUCGGAAAUCGAGCUGCAGCUGCGAGAUCCUCCCCGUGCAGAGCUGCCCUCCGAUGCUUACCCUUUCGACAUUCAUAG